AUGUUACGAACGGUGAAUAAUUACGAUGAUCCGAUUUUGUCUUUGCAGUCCGAUUGGGAUGAUUUAAUACAAUUAAAUAACAAAGAAAUAUGGAUUUCCGCAACUUUUAAAGGGAAAAAAGGAAUACAUUCAAAAAUUGUAAGCCAGGGAAUGAAUUUACCCAUUUGUGUUUCAAAUGACUUUUCCAUUUUGUUUUGUUCCAAAACAAAAAUUGAAAUUAAAUACAAUCCGACGGGGCAUGUCUUUAUAUUUAUAGCACCUGUAAAAACUUUAGUUAAUAUUCAUAAAGAUAAAAUUUCAUCUUUAGAUAUAUCGCCUAAAGGCUGGGGAAUCUCAGUUUCCGUAGAGAAUGACUUAGUACUAUGGAAUUCGACGAGCGGAGAAAUUUUAAAAAUCUUAAAAGGACAUGUUGGAGACGUUUAUAAAUGCAAAUAUUUUCCAUCGGGAGUAGUCAUAUUGUCUGCAGGAGCUGAUAUGCAAUUGAAAAUAUGGUGUGCGGAAAGUGGUAUUUGUCCGGUAACAUUAAUUGGGCAUAAAGCAGCAAUAACUGAUUUUAGCAUUGUCGAUAGAGGUAGAAAUGUAAUAUCUGUAUCGAAAGAUGGUUGUGCCAAACUUUGGGAUUGUGGAAAAUCAGAAUGUAUUGCCACUAUUUAUAAAUCAGAUAAUAUACUGAAUUGUUGUGCCUUAGGUGUUUUAAAAAAUUCAGAAAACUUGUUACCCUUUGAGUCUGCAAAUGAUAGGGAAAUUGGCACAAAUGGUAAAUUACUAAUUAUUGGUUCUGAAGAAGGAUUUGUUUUUGGCAUUGAUAUUUCAAGAAGAAAAAAAAUUUUUACAAUAAAUGUUAAUGCACCAGUUAAUUUGGUCUUAAUGUUAUCCGACAUAGUAGUUGUUGGUUGUCAAAAUGGAGAAGUGAAACUUUUUCAACUUUCAGAAAUAGAAGUACCAUUUAAAGUUUUCAGUAAUUCAAACAGUCCUGUGUUGUGUGGAUGUAGUCUAAAUAAUGAUGGAUUUUUAAUAGGCAGAAAUGAUGGAUCUGUAAUGUAUUAUAAUCAUUUAAAUUGCUCAUAUAAAACAAUUUCUUUGACUGGUGCAAAUUUUGAUCCAAUAUACGAUAUGUGUUGUACAAACAAUGUAAUUUAUACCUGUUGCAGAGAUGGAAAGAUUAGGAAGGGAAUCCUCCAAGUUGAACAAAAAAAAGAAAAUUUUAACCAGUCUUUGAAAAAUAUGAUUGCCUAA